GCCAUCCACUCCACGACCCCGACCCCGACCACGACCAAACCCAAACCUCUCCAUCUCCAUCUCUCCUUCCUCCAUCCUGCCGGAACGCAGUCGAAAUCAUCGAACCGGCGAUGUUGCAGAGCCAACUCUACGAUGUCUCCUCCGACUCCAUCCCCCUCCUCCUCCUCGCCGUCGUCGCCCGCAGCGUCCACCACCUCCGCUCCCUCAUCCUCGCCCUCCUCCACCCCCUCCGCCUCUCCAGAUCCGCCCACCGCCCCUCCUCCGACCCCGCCGACCCCGUCGACGCCGCCCUCAUCGGCUCCGGCCUCGCCGGCCUCAUCGCCCUCGCCGACCACCUCAACCAGAACCGGCUCUCCUCCCGCCGGUGCUGCGCCCCCGCCGGUCGCCCCGACUGCGUGGUGUGCCUCUCCGUGCUGAGGGAGGGCGAGCAGGUGCGGGAGCUCGGGUGCCGCCACGUCUUCCACAAGGCGUGCCUCGACGGGUGGCUCCAGCACCUGAACUUCAGCUGCCCGUUGUGCCGGUCGCCGCUUGCGUCCGGGGAGCCCGCGGACGCCGCGGGGAGGCGCAUGGGGAGAGAGCUGGUGGAGUGGUUCUCUCUACGCUGAGCCCUGCCCGUGGGGCUCCGAGUUACAAAACCAUGUCUCGUGCCAUCAUCUGUUCCGCCGCAGAAACGGUAAAAACUUCCAUCUGCUCUUUUUUACGGUCCUUUUGACCCACUCUUUUUUAACCCUCUGUUAGGGUUGUUUUCAUCUCUUUUUCUUAUUGUUCAUAUGGUUUUUUUUUGGGGCUCUUUUCUUGCCAUUUUCAAUAGUGGGGGUUGUGAGAGAUGCAUGUGCAAAGAUGAUGUUUUGGUUGGCCCUUGGGUUUUUUGAAGAGCUCCUGUUGGGAAGCUCUUUUUCACUUGUUGUAUAAUGUCAACCUUUUGGAGAAAUCUAAUAAAUGGCAUUUACCAUUA